UGGUGACCGCACUCGGUACGUCUCGCCUCCCAAAUUCCCAACACCUUCGAUUUCGAUCUCGAAGGGUAAACCCUAGAACUCGAUUUCGAUCUCCACUGGUCUCGGAUCCCUCUUGAAGCAUCAGUAAUGGCGCUGAAGUUUUUGAACAAGAAGGGAUGGCAUACGGGCUCUCUUCGGAACAUUGAGAACGUGUGGAAGGCCGAGCAGAAGCAUGACGCCGAGCAGAAGAAGCUCGAGGAGCUCCGCAAGCAGAUCCAGGAAGAGCGAGAGCGCUCCGAGUUCCGUCUUCUCCAAGAGCAAGCUGGUCUCGUCCCGAGUCAGGAAAGGUUGGAUUUUUUAUAUGAGUCAGGUUUGGCCGUCGGGAAGGGAAGCUCGGAUUCGGGGUUCAAAGCACUCGAGGGGCCGCCUGCUCCUGCUGCUGCGGCGCCUGAGUCGAGUGGUGCAAAGGCAGUUGCUCCAGGGGCUUUAUUUGAGGAUAAGCCUCAGUCAGCAAAUGAUGCAUGGAGGAAACUUCACUCUGACCCCCUACUUCUCAUCAGACAGCGUGAGCAAGAAGCACUUGCUAGGAUAAAAAAUAAUCCCAUUCAGAUGGCGAUGAUUCGGAAAUCUGUGGAAACUGAGAAGAAACGGAAGUCGGGGAAGAAAGAGAAACGAGAUAAGAAAUCACAUAAGAAGCAUCACCGCAGUGAAUCAAGGGGUAAGAAGCACUCUUCUGAAGUCCAUUCAGCUUCAGAAGAAUCAAGUGAAGAUGAGGAUGGUAGAGAAAGAAGAGAUCGCCCGUCUGAGCGUCACCGUCAUUCAAAAUCAGACAGGGAGAAACAUUCUAAGAGAGUAUAUUCAGAUUCAGAAGACAUAAGUGACAUUGAGGAAGAGAGAAAAAAGCGGGAUCAUCCAAAAUCUAACCCGCUUCAACAUCGUUCUUUGAAGCAUGACAAACGUUCGUCCAGAACAAGUUCUGAUUUAGGAGGUAGGAGAGAAGAGGAAGAUAGAAGAAAGGAUAAUGACCAUUUAAGAUAUGAGAAGCAAUCAUCUAAAAGUCAGUCUGAGUUGAAGCACACGAUUGAUCACGAGGAAGAUAUAAGAAGAAGAUAUCAGUCAUCUAGAAGCAGGAGUGAAGAGGAAGGCCGAAGAAAGGAUUAUGACCAUUCAUCCAAAACCCAUCCACACUCGAAUUACACAAUUGAUGAAAAGGAAGAUAGAGGAAAGAGACAUAAAUCAACAUAUGAGCAUCAAAAUUCCAAGAAUGAUCUUGUUAAUGAGCCUAGGAAAACCAAUAUCCAAGAGCAGCGUCGGGGAUAUGGCUAUAACCGGCAUCAUAGUGCUCCAAAGCUCUCAGAAGAAGAAAGAGCAGCCAGGUUGAGAGAAAUGCAACUCGAUGCAGAGCUUCAUGAGGAGCAAAGGUUCAAGAGGCUGAAGAAGGCGGCAGACGUUGAUGCACAAGAGGCUCUCCAGUCAGGCUCAUCCGGAGGCAAGAACUUUCUUGACACUGCUCAAAAGAGCAUAUUCGGAACAGAAAAAGGAGGAUGCUCCACCAUUGAAGAGAGCGUUCGCCGACGUGCCUUCUACUCUCAAGGCAGUUCCGCAGCAAGUGAAAGCAACGCCUUCCGCCGUUGAGCAAGCCACAUUUUCAUGCCUACAUGCUUUAUAUACUCUUUAUUUGUAUAUUUGCCUGAUAUAAGUGUUUGUACUCUGUAUUGAUCAUACCAGCAAUGUUUUCUGCUUUUAUUCUGUCAAAUACUUUGACUAUAAGCUCUAGGAUGUUUGCAUUUGGUGUUUUUUUUCUGAAGUGCAGUCAGAACAGGAGAUGAUUUUGCUUCA